AUGUCUAACUUGAUUCCAAUUUCCACUUAUAACUUGGCCUUGGCUCCUUUCAAGCCAGCAGCUGUUCACACUGAAGACUACCCAGUUACUGUUAGAUUAACUUUAGCUGCCGUUGACCCAGAAGCUGUUGAUGAUAAAGAAGAACCAUCUACUUUAAGAUUAUUGAAAAGAAACAAUCCUUUCUUUGGUGACGACGAUUCAGAAGAAGAUUCAGAAGAAGAUGAAUUAGAUUUAGAAUCCGAAUCCGAAGAAGAAGAAGCUAAACCAGAACCAAAAAAAUCUAAUAAAAAAUCUAAAAAGGAACAAAAAGAAGAAGAAACUGUUGAUAUUGAAAACUCCGAUGAUGCUGAAUCUGAUGAAGAUCCAGAUGAUGAUGUUAGUGAAUUUGUUGUUUGUACUUUAACUCCAAAAAUCCAGUUUCAACAAACCAUUGAUUUAACUAUUUGUCCAGAUGAACAAGUUUACUUUGUUGUUACUGGUUCUUAUCCAAUUCACUUGGUUGGUAACUAUAUUGAACAUCCAGCUGAUGAAGAUUCUGAAGAUGAAGAUGAAGAUGAUUAUGAUUACGAUGAUGAAGAUGACUAUGAUUUAACUCCAGAUGAAGAUGAAGUUUAUGGAGCUCCUCAAUAUGAUUUAGAUGAUUUAGAAGAUGAAUCUGACGUUGAAAAUAAAAUUGAAGAAUUAGUUGAAGACGAACAAAAUGGAAAGAAAAGAUCAAGUCCAUCAAGCGAAGAAUCUGAUUCUAAAAAGGCUAAAAAGGCUAAUAAUAAAAAGGAUGAAAAAAAACAAGUUCAAUUCACUAAAGAAUUAGAACAAGGUCCAACCGGCUCAACUUUAGUUGCUGAUAAAGAAGAAGCAAAAGAACAACCUAAAUCUAAAAAACAAUUGAAAAAGGAAAGACAACAACAACAGAAAAAGGAAGCUGAAGAAGCUGCUGCUGCUGAUAAAGCUGAAAAAGAUGAUAAAAAGCCUGAAGCCAAAAAAUUCCCAACUAAAACUUUAUUAGGUGGUGUUAUCACUGAAGAUAGAAAAAUCGGUAAAGGUCAAACUGCUAAAUCUGGUAACAAAGUUGGUAUCAGAUACAUUGGUAAAUUGAAAAAUGGUAAAGUUUUCGAUAAAAACACCAGCGGUAAACCUUUUGUUUUCGGUUUAGGUAAAGGUGAAUGUAUUAAAGGUUUUGAUUUAGGUGUUACUGGUAUGGCUGUUGGUGGUGAAAGAAGAGUUGUUAUCCCACCAAAAAUGGGUUACGGUAGUCAAGCUUUGCCUGGUUUACCAGCAAACUCGGAAUUGACCUUCGACAUCAAAUUAGUUUCUCUUAAAUAA